CCGCGCGCGCCGCUUCCGCCGCCGCCCCCUCCCGACCUCCCAGCGCCGCCGGCUCAUGCCCUCUCUGCGUCCGGCGCUGCUUAGAGCUGCCCGCGCCGCUCUGCUGCUGUCGCCGCCACCCGGUUUCCCGGCCCGGCCUCCGCUCCUGCCCUGCCGGCCCAUCAGCAAGCCCGCCGGCGCCACGACCUCUUUCCCCGCCGCCGCCUCCCGGAGCAGCAUGGACGGCGCCGGGGCUGAGGAGGUGCUGGCACCUCUCAGACUAGCCGUGCGCCAGCAGGGAGAUCUUGUACGAAAACUCAAAGAAGAUAAAGCACCCCAAGUAGAUGUAGAAAAGGCAGUAGCUGAGCUCAAAGCCCGGAAGAGGAUUCUGGAAGCAAAGGAGCUAGCAUUACAGCCCAAAGAUGAUGUUGUAGACAGAGCAAAAAUGGAAGAUACCCUGAAGAGGAGGUUUUUCUAUGAUCAAGCUUUUGCUAUUUAUGGAGGUGUUAGUGGUCUUUAUGAUUUUGGCCCAGUUGGAUGUGCUUUAAAAAACAAUAUUAUUCAGACCUGGAGGCAGCAUUUUAUUCAAGAGGAACAGAUCCUGGAGAUUGAUUGUACGAUGCUCACCCCUGAGUCAGUUUUAAAGACUUCUGGCCAUGUAGACAAAUUUGCUGACUUCAUGGUGAAAGAUUUAAAAAAUGGAGAGUGUUUCCGUGCUGACCAUCUAUUGAAAGCUCAUUUACAGAAAUUGAUGUCUGAUAAGAAGUGUUCUGCUGAGAAGAAAUCAGAGAUGGAAAGUGUCUUGGCCCAGCUUGAGAACUAUGGACAGCAAGAACUUGCAGAUCUUUUUGUAAACUACAAUGUAAAAUCUCCCACCACUGGAAAUGAUCUCUCCCCUCCAGUGCCUUUUAACUUAAUGUUUAAGACCUUCAUUGGACCUGGAGGAAACAUGCCUGGAUAUUUGAGACCAGAAACUGCACAGGGGAUUUUCCUGAAUUUCAAACGGCUUUUGGAAUUCAACCAAGGAAAGUUGCCUUUUGCUGCUGCCCAGAUUGGAAAUUCUUUCAGAAAUGAGAUCUCCCCUCGAUCUGGACUGAUCCGAGUCAGAGAAUUCACAAUGGCAGAAAUUGAGCACUUUGUAGAUCCCAGUGAGAAAGAACAUCCUCACGGUGUGAUUAACAACUCAGUGUUGGGCUAUUUCAUUGGCCGCAUCUACCUCUACCUCGUGAAGGUUGGAGUCUCUCCAGAGAAGCUCCGCUUCCGACAGCACAUGGAGAAUGAGAUGGCCCAUUAUGCCUGUGACUGUUGGGAUGCUGAAUCCAAAACAUCCUAUGGCUGGAUCGAGAUUGUUGGAUGUGCUGACCGUUCCUGUUAUGACCUGUCUUGUCAUGCGAGGGCUACCAAAGUCCCACUCAUAGCUGAGAAACCUCUGAAAGAGCCCAAAACCGUCAAUGUUGUUCAGUUUGAACCCAAUAAGGGAGCAAUUGGUAAGGCGUAUAAGAAGGAUGCGAAGCUGGUGAUGGAGUACCUUGCCAUUUGUGAUGAGUGUUACAUUACAGAAAUGGAGAAACUACUGAGUGAAAAAGGGGAAUUUACUGUUGAAACUGAAGGGAAAACAUUUCAAUUGACAAAAGAUAUGGUCAAUGUGAAGAGAUUCCAGAAAACACUACAUGUGGAAGAAGUUAUUCCGAGUGUAAUUGAACCCUCUUUUGGCCUGGGCAGGAUCAUGUAUACGGUAUUUGAACAUACAUUCCAAGUUCGCGAGGGAGAUGAACAGAGAACGUUCUUCAGUUUCCCUGCCGUAGUAGCUCCAUUCAAAUGUUCCGUCCUUCCAUUGAGCCAGAACCAGGAGUUCAUGCCAUUCGUCAAGGAAUUAUCGGAGGCCUUGACCAGGCACGGCAUCUCUCACAAAGUGGACGAUUCCUCGGGAUCCAUUGGGAGACGCUAUGCCAGGACUGAUGAGAUUGGGGUGGCUUUCGGCAUAACCAUUGACUUCGAUACAGUGAACAAAACCCCUCACACAGCCACUUUGCGGGACCGAGACUCCAUGCGGCAGAUCAGAGCAGAGGUCUCUGAACUGCCCAGUGUUGUCCGCGAUCUGGCCAAUGGCAGCAUCAUGUGGGCGGAUGUGGAGGCCAGAUAUCCUGUCUUCGAAGGUCAAGAAACUGGAAAAAAAGAAGCAAUCGAAGAAUGAGAGCAGUUUUGGCAACUUUUGACCAUUUGUUCUAAUAAAAGAAUAACUCUUAUCAUGUCCACUUUGUAAAAAAAAAAAGCAGCAUCUCAGUUCCUCCCCAGGACUACAUUUUAUCCUCAGUGGCUGCCUGAUCUUACUCCCACGAUUAAAGUUGAAGGAAUUCUGAACAGA